AUGAACUUGCGCACACGGAAGGUGGAACGAAACAGAGAUGAGGUGCGCCAGUUGUCGCAGAAGGGUGAAAACCGCUUCUGCUUUGAUUGCGGCAUUCGGGGGCCGCUCUAUGCCGUGACGAACUUUCACAUCUUUGUCUGCUCGACGUGUGCUGCGCUGCACCGCUCGCUCCAACACAAGGUGAAGGGUAUCUCCAUGACGGAGUUCUCGGACGACGAGGUCACUGGCCUCCAGGUAGGCGGCAAUGACAGCGCAGCCAAGGCGUGGCUGCCCAAUUACAAUAGGAGCUUGCCCACCCACGGCAACGAUAUCAUCAUUAAGGAAUUUAUCGUGGCUGUCUUUGACAAUAUGAGGUACGCUGACCGAGAGAAAGUUGAUCAGCUUCGCAGGGACGUGCAGAGGGCCAUCAAGAACGAGCCGGCCCAGCCACGGCUCACGUCUCUGCCACCAACAAACCGCACCCAGCAACAGCAACAGCAACCACCACCACCACAACAGCAACCACCAUCACCACCGCAGUCACAGCCACAACCACCACCACAACAGCAGCAGCCUUCGAACUGGAAGAGUGUGCCCCCCGCGCAGAAGCCGCCGUCUGACUGGUUUGGCCAGUCAGGUUCCCAGGCGCCGCAGACCACCGCUACUGUUGCGGAUCCUGCUGCGCAGAAGAAUAAUGAUGAUGAUGAUGUGUUUGAUGAUUUUUUUACAGCUGCGCCCCCCGCUGCAACGACUGCUGCUCCCUCUCCGAGUACUACCACUGCUUCAGCUGCCACUCCUCAAAGUACGCUCGUAGACUUGUUUUCUUCUGUUCCACUCGCGGAUCCGCGCGCAAGUCAGACUCCCUACGGUUGUCCAGGCCCUGCUGGAGUGCAGGUACCGUACCCGCCCCCCCAAGGGUUCUCUAACAUGCAGGCGCAGUAUCCAGCAACGAUGCCACAUCAGCCUGAAAUGCAGUAUUAUGCUGGGAUGAAUGAAGGUGGGCAUAACUUUCCUCCUUAUGCAUAUUAUCCUCAGCAGCAGCAGCCGGUGCUGGUUCAGCCACCGCAACAGCAGCCACAAUAUAAUUUCCCUACGGGUGCCCCAGCACCACCAAUCGUGUUGCUGAGCAAAACAGCAGCUGCUCCUGGUCCGAAGCCGUUAGCGUAUGGCACAACACCAGCGGAUCUAAAUAAUGUGAAUUUCUUUCAAGCGCCACCCACGGAUCCGUGGUUGACGCCUGCAACACCUCCGCCGGUAAAGAUGGAGGCAGAGCAACAAUCAAACGAGGGGCAAAAGGAUGUUUUCGCCUCGUUGAACCCGUUUGGUGGCAAUCGUUGA